CGAGGCGAGGACGAGCGAGCGCGGCGCCCGCACCUCUCAGCACAGCCCGUGACGCGCGCCCAGAGGAGCGGCUACCGAGCUCGAGCCCGGCUCCCUCCUCGUCCCCUCCGCGCUCCUGCAGCGCCAGGCCUCGCCAUGGCCCCCGUGGUCUGGUCUCACGUCGGUCGCAUCCUCUGGCUCGCUUGCCUCCUGCCUUUAGCCCCAGCGAGGGUGGCGGCAGGCAUGUAUGAACUCAAUCUGACCACCGAUGGGCCUGCCAGUACAGGAGCAGAGGUGACCAUCUCAGCCAGCCUGGUGGCCAAGGACAAUGGCAGCCUGGCACUGCCCACUGAUGCCCAUCUCUACCGCUUCCACUGGAUCCACACCCCACUUGUGCUCACUGGCAAGAUGGAGAGCGAUCUCAGCUCGACCAUCCGCGUGGUGGGCAAUGUGCCUGGGGAGUUCCCCGUCUCUGUCUGGGUCACUGCUGCUGACUGCUGGAUGUGCCAUCCAGUGGCCAGGAACUUUGUUGUCCUGCCCAUCACAGAGUUCCUCGUGGGGAACAUCGUGGUUGCCCAGAACACCUCCCUGCCCUGGCCCAGCUCCUACCUCACCAAGACAGUUCUUAAAGUCUCCUUCCUCCUUCAUGACCCAAGCAACUUCUUCAAGACAGCCUCCUUUCUCUACAGCUGGGACUUCGGAGAUGGGACCCAGAUGGUGACCGAAGACUCCGUGGUCUAUUAUAACUAUUCGAUUAUUGGAACCUUCACUGUGAAGCUCAAGGUGGUGGCCGAGUGGGAGCAGGCAAAGCCAGACGCCACCAACGGCAUUGUGCAGAAGACCGGUGACUUCUCUGCCUCACUGAAGCUGCAGGAAACCCUUCGAGGCAUCCAGGUUUUGGGGCCCACCAUAAUUCAGACCUUCCAAAAGAUGACAGUGACCUUGAACUUCCUGGGGAGCCCACCUCUGACCAUGUGCUGGCGGCUCAAGCCCGAGUGCCUGCCCCUGGAGGAAGGAGAGUGCCACCCCGUGUCUGUGGCCAGCACAGCUUACAACCUGACCCACACCUUCCGCGAUCCUGGGGACUACUGCUUCAGCAUCCGGGCUGAGAAUGUCAUCAGCAAGACACAUCAGUAUCACAGGAUCCAGGUGUGGCCCUCCAGCAUCCAGCCGGCUGUCUUUGCAUUCCCAUGUGCCACACUUAUCACUGUGAUGCUGGCCUUCAUCAUGUACAUGACCCUGCGAAAUGCCACUCAGCAGAAGGACAUGGUGGAGGUGGCUGAUUUUGACUUUUCCCCCAUGUCUGACAAGAACCCGGAGCCGCCCUCUGGGGUCAGGUGCUGCUGCCAGAUGUGCUGUGGGCCCUUCUUGCUGGAGACUCCAUCUGAGUACCUGGAAAUUGUCCGAGAGAACAACGGUCUGCUCCCACCCCUCUACAAGUCUGUCAAAACUUACACUGUGUGAGCGUCCCCUGCCUAUCCUGACUCAGUGUUGACCGAUUGCCAACUGGGAACUUCAAGGAGAGUGGUGUGCGUCACAGAGCAGGAGGAGUUCAUGUGUGGGGGGCAGUUUGCCCAGGCCAGCCAUCCCAUCUGUAUAGUCCAGCUAUUGCUGCAAGCCCCUCUCAGUUACCCAACCCCCAGCCACUCUCCCAUCUGUACAGUCCAGCUACUGCCAUAGCUCUAGUCACCCCACCAACCCUCUGCCAAGCGGGACUCUUAACACUUGGCAUGUUCCCUUUUGACUUUCCCAGGUGGAUCUGGUUACCACUCACCCAUUCCUCUCAUGUUGGUACAUCUACCUUCUUUCAGGAAUUCAUGUUUCCCUUCCCAGGGCAGCCCGGCUGAUGCCAGAGGGCUAGGAAGGAGGUCUCAGGUGACUUAGGAUACACAGUGAAAGAUCAUAGCUGGGUACAAUCACGGAGAGGAAUACAUACACAGGGAGAGAUACGUGUCACAUGGGCAUCACAAAUAAUUUGCUCUCUAUUUAUUUGUUCCACUGCUGGGAGGCACCUGAACUAGAACUGGAACCCAGGUGAAAUUUGAACCCCCCCACUCAGCCCUUGUAGCUCCUGGAUCUGGCCUCUCCAUUUGUGCUGUGUCUCUGAAGCUCCCUGAUCCCAUUAUGAGGCCAUGUUACCCUGACUUUCUUGCUGGGGAUGGAGUAGGAGAAGGAAGAACACUUCCGGAGCACAGAAUGAUUUAUAAAUUCACCUUCUUUUAUUGAGACCCAUAAGUUCAAUGUCCAUUGAGGGAAAACCUUGCAGCAAAAGGAGAGAAUGGAGCCAGUGGGGACUUGGGUUCCCAGUGUGUGUCUGGAGAGGGUGCACUUUGCCUAUCCAGCUGCUCCCAAGGUGACCUUGAGAAGGAAGAAAUGGGAGGGUUACAGCCCCCCUCUCCUCCCCUCUAGCCUAGUGACCUGGGGGACACAGAACAGGUACCCAGGGAGAUGAUGAUCAGGCCCAGGUGCAACCGUCCAGGUGUGCCAGGGGCAGCCUGCACCUGUUGGGGAGAGAAGGGCAGGACCGUGGGGGUAAGGCUCUGUUGCUGUGACCGUUUGCUCUCAGACUUCCAUGCUGAAAAUAGCAUUCACAAUGUCAUGCAGCUCAUUCCCAUGAAACACUGCCAUCGUCCCCAAAUAAAGCUUAAGUGCUCUGAAUAUCGCCAAGCACACCGGGUGUGGCAGAAUCUCUUUUU